AGAAAACAAAGAUGGCUUCUUGUUUCAGGAAGUGAUUGAAAACGCAGAAUAAAGUCAUUUUCCAAGUCAAAUUGAAAUCUUGAUUGGGUAUCUUCUGUGGUAGGAAGGCAGCCACUCAUCAUGCCUUCAGAAGUUGUUCCUCUGUACCUCGGCCAUGCCAUGGCUGAUCUCAACAAAUUGGCCGAUAUAACACAUAAAGUUACAAAUGCGAAAGUGUUCAUCAAAUCAGCAGACAAAGUCUACAGCACAGCCGUUGAUGCUCAGAAGAAGGGAGAUGAGGAAAAGGCGUAUGUGAUGUUCAUGAAGUAUUUCAACAUCAUCACUCUUGUAAAGAAAUCACCAGAUUUUAGGAAGAAUGCUGAAUUCUUCAACAAGUUGAUCAGCACCAGUAACUCACUAAAGGCAAUUGAAGCAGCAGAGAAGCUAUCAACCAGCCUUAAAGACAGGUAUGAUCUCCUCAAAGCUGAAGAAGUUAGUUCCAAAUUGGACAAACUGGAAAUUGAAAAGAAUGACAGGGCAAAGAAGACGUUAGAGACUAAGAAACUGGAGGAAGAACAAACAGAGAUCGAGAAGGAGACAGUCGAGGAGAAAGAAGUUGAUGACAUUCCCCCAGGAGCAAUCACCGUGCCUCAGACCUACAAAUACCUCAUGAACAAUGAGAUGAACAUCAUUCUGAUGGACGUCAGGCCCGCCAAGGAGUUUGAAAACUCCCACAUCAACAGGAAGAACUGCAUUAGUGUACCUGUGGAGAUUAUACCACCAGGCCGGACGGUGACCUACAUUGAACCAGAGCUACCAGCAGCCUCGAAGGAACUCUGGGCCAAACGUGGUGUGAUGGAUUAUAUCAUUCUGCUCGACUGGAAUAGUAACAUAGAUCACCUGAUGCCAGGCACCUCACUCAGGACUCUUAAAGAUGCUAUUUUCAAGUUUGAUUCGAGUACAGUCAUUCGGAGCGAGCCACUUGUCUUGGAGGGAGGCUAUGAGAACUGGUUGCUACACUACCCGACAGUGACGACCAACGCCAAUGUCCCACUGACACCUUCGGUUAAUAAGACACUGACCACUAAUCUAUUGGAUUUUGACUACCCUGACUUUGAGGAAACGUUCAUGCCACCGACACCGAAACCAGACCCACCACAAGCAAAACAAAACAACACAGACAUCGCUGUAAAUAACGUGGCUCAGAUAGAUGUCAACACGCCUGAAGCUAAUAAAAUACCAACAGUAAACAGGGCGUUGAAACCUAAAGUUGGCCAAGGACAAUCACAAAUGGACGCCUUAGAGAAUAAUUCCUCGGCGUACAUUCAUAAUAAAGUUGAUAACGGUUUCUUCAUCGAUAACUUGGGGACGAAAAAUACCAAUGAACCUGCGCCCUCUAACGUCGAUAUCGCAAAAUCACUGCCCAAGUCGCAAACAAUGGAUAAUAUUGACUUGGAUAAGUUUAUCAGUCAAGCAAGAUCCCCGCCUAAAGUGGACCGGGCGGUCAAACCGAAAUUGGACCGGACGGAGAAACCAACUAAACCAACCUUGUCCCAGGAAGCAGAGGUGCUGGCGCAAGAUCUGAAGGAUCUUCACCGGAUCAAAGUGGAGCGUGAGACGGAGUUAGAGCAUUAUAAGAAAGAACAGGAGAGAGUGAUAUUGGAGCACAAGGCACGGCUGGCAAAACUGAAGGAUGAGGAGAAAAAGAUGGAAGAACUGGAACAGAUGCGACACAAGGAAGAGAAGAUGGUCGCAGACUUGAUGCGCGAGAAACGUCGCAUCCAGGAAGAGAUCUCCGCGACCAAGGAGAAAUAUCUAGAGGAGGAAAGGUCGAAGGUUGAGGAGGAGAAAAGGAAACGUGAGGAGAUCGCACGGAUGGAGGAACGCGAGAAGCAGAAGUUACGUCUGCAGGAGGAGGUGACCAGGAUGAGGACGGAGAAGAAGAUGAAGGAAGAAGAGAAGAAAGUCACACCACCACCACCAGAGGAAGUGAAACCGUCGGUCGUUGAUUCACCUAAUGAACCGCUGCCGGAGAGCCCUAAAGCUGAAAAACAGCCAACCCCUCAACCUUCCCCACAGAAACCAGAGAUGCCUGAGGUCUCAACCAGUCCAACAGCAGACAAGUCACUCUUGGAGGACAACAUCCCUGAACCCACAGUUAAACCAGCAGCCCCAGAAAAAAAAUCAUCCUCCGAAGGUCCUGCUAUGCCUGCAGGUUGGGAGAAAAGAUUUGAUGCCAAGAAUUCAAAAUAUUAUUACAUUAAUCAUAAGACAGGCACGACACAGUGGAACCCACCAGAGAAAGGUUCAGAUGCCAGCAUCCAUACCGCAAAACUGAGGGACGAACCUCAGGAGAGGAAACUGUCAGGGUCCGGAUCUGGUAUGCGGAGGUCAACGUCAACACCAAACAUAGCGAGUUUGGCAGACGAUGCGGAGGCUAUGCCAAGACAGGAACCAAAGCCAGCGGUCAGCAGGGUGGUCAAACCAAGGGAGUCACCGAAGCCAUCAAUGACCAACACGUUCCUGUCCCUGGAUGCUGACAAGAUCAUGAGCCUGAAUCCAGACUACGGGAAAUCGGAACCAGGACUGACAGGCCUCCGUAACCAAGGCAACACAUGUUACAUGAACUCAAUCAUCCAGUGCCUGAGUAAUACCGUGCCGCUCAUAUCCUACUUCCUCUCUAAUAACUACAGACUUGACAUCAACAGAGAGAAUUUCAUGGGUUGUAAGGGUGAGGUGGCCGAUGAGGCAGCGCUGGUGAUGAACGCCCUCUGGUCGACACAUUAUCGUUCAGUCACGCCGAGAGAUUUGAAGCACACAAUCAGUCGCCACCAGCCGAUGUUUGCUGGAUACAUUCAGCACGACUCACAGGAAUUCCUCUGUUACAUCCUGGAUGCCCUUCAUGAGGAUCUAAACAUGAUCAAGACUCGCCCCAAGGUUCCUGUCCAGGAGACAGAUGGCGUACCCGAUCAUAUAGCGGCAGAGGUCGCAUGGAAAACAUACAAGCUCCUGAACGAGUCGAUCAUCGUGGAACUAUUUCAGGGUCAGCUAAAGUCAACUUUAAUGUGCCUUAAAUGCCGCAAGACGUCAGUGAAGUUUGAGACGGUCAUGCAUUUAUCACUACCCCUGCCUUCCUCCAGUCGGUGUACGAUGCACGAUUGUCUGAACCUGUACCUGAAAGAGGAGAAGCUGAGUGGGUCCAGUAAGUGGUUCUGUCCACAGUGCAAGACGAGGAGGGAAGCGUCCAAGAAAACCGAGAUCUGGAAGCUGCCGGCUAUACUGUUGAUACAUCUAAAAAGGUUUUCAAGUGAUGGUUCAUGGCACCAGAAACUGAACACAGCUGUGGACUUUCCCCUUCACAGUCUCGACCUGAAGAGAUAUGUGAGAGGUCACCGGGUCCGGCCAGACUACAGACUCUAUGCUAUCUCGAACCAUUAUGGGACCAUGGAGGGUGGACACUAUACGGCGUACGCAUACAACUAUCUGAGGCGAUCGUGGUUGAAGUUUGAUGAUGCAGACGUGUCAUCCAUCUCUGAGAGGAAUAUCAAGACGUCUGCUGCCUACACCCUGUUCUACACAUCCAUCCCAGACCCAGACAGACGCAUGCAUGGUAAUGUGUGAGGACCUGAUGACAUUUGAAGAGGCUCGAGCAAGCAGGAACACUCGUAUUCACGGAUGAGACAUUUCCAAUAUUUGGAGUUCGUUUUUCCCCGGCCUUAAAGGACUUUAUUUGACAGCAGAAAUGGAAAGCUCUAAGCCUCCGCUCCCGUAGAACUUUCGGAUUUUCAAAAUUGAUGGAAUAUAACCAUUUUAUAGGCAUAGAAUAUUGGCUCUCCAGGCUGCCAAAGGGGAACUUGUCUAGUCAAAAGGAAUGGUGUAGGUUUUACUGCACUGUGUUAUAGUCUGUAACAGGCACAUUGGGCAUGUGGACUCUGAUAUUGUAACGAGGAGCGGGUCACUUUGUAAACCAAGAAUUGACCUUUGAUAUAAUUUUCUUUGCAGUUCUGACCUCUUCAAUGCAAAACAAAUAUGAAUUGUGCUAUAUUCUUCUGUGAUCACUUCAUGUAUAUAAUUAUGUAAAUAACUACCAGUAGUUGUACAUGUAUAUAGAUCUAAAUAGUCACUUAUUGUUGUGUUCAAGGAAAAAAUUUUGGUUUCAAAUUGAGGGUCAAAACCUUGCAUGGAGUCCUUGUAACUGUAGAGCAAACAGCACCCACGCAUCCAGAAUUAGAUGUCACCACAUCCUGAGAGAUCAGGGGUCAAAGAUUGAACUGACAUCCUCGGCUCCAGUACUUCUUAUGACUUUAAUGAAUAGAAAUGGCACUCAGAAAUCCUAGAACCAAGGUUGCCUCUGAUGAUUGGUACUCACAUGAUCUAUAUAGUUGGUAUUUUCACAGAAUAUCACCUGAUUUUCACAUUCUUGUUUGUACAUAACGUUAUUUCUGUUAAAUCAUCUAGGUGUAGAGAUUGUCGACAAAUAAACUUAACCUACAAAAUUAA